AUGGAACGAGAAUUUCAACCCAAGACCGGAACUGGUCCGGAAGCUGACAACGACACCACUAUUGUCGAUCAAAACUCCAGCUGCGUGGCUUGCAGCAAACCAGACAGCUUUGACGAUAUGGUUGCCUGCGACUUGUGUGAUUCCUGGUGGCAUCAGUGUUGCGCGGGAGUAACCAAGUCAAUUAAGGACCGUGAUUGGACAUGCCCCAGAUGUUUGCCGGUUCCAAGUCGAGCAAACUCGAUCAGAUCCACUUCGACGGUGCGUAAGGCCCUCCUCGAACUUAAAUUGCAACGACUCGAGGAAGAGAAGGAUUUGAAACGGAAGCAGUUCGAAGUGAAACGGAAGCAGUUCGAAGUAGAACAGAAGCAGUUCGAAAUUGAGCUAGAUCAAAAGUGUUUAGACGAAAAAUAUCGUCUGCUGGAAGCUGCCGCGGUCGAUGAUGACAUUGACAGCGAAGGAAGCCGCCAAGAAUAUCACCGUAGACGGCAACGAACGGAGGACUGGGUGUCCAGCAGAACAAGCAACGUUUCGGAAAGGCUCGAAGGAGCUGUUGGUGGUGUCGACGAGGGGCGUACCGACGCCCAGCCGAUUGAAGCUGAACAGAUUCAGCAAGUAAAUAGUGUUGUUCGCGAGCUCAAUAGCAAGGUGGCAAACUGCCAGAAGGAGCCGGAUCCAUUGUAUGCGAACUUGAAAGUUAUCCUGAAGGCGUGCCAAAUUCAAAAUAACGCUUCAGUGAGUGGCACACCCUACACAGGCACAGUGCCAAAAAGCACCCGAAUGCUGGCUCCGCCGAUUGCUCCUCGUACAUUCGAGCAGUAUGAGCGUCGAGAAGAAAAUGUCUUUCCUGACAGCACGGAAUAUUCUAUGCAGAACCAAUGUAGUUAUCGGAAACAUCCGCAGGUGGAACCCGGAUAUAACGCACCGGUGCCGCAACACAUAGCACCCGAACGUGAUGUAAUGCCAAGCAAUUUGACACCCUCGCCACAGGCAGGCUUGUCUGGCAAUCGAAUUCAACAUUCGUCAAUUGUUUUGAGCACACCAUCGGCAUCGCAGAUUGCUGCCAGGCAGGCACUUUCGCGAGACCUCCCAAUAUUUUCCGGCAAUCCAGCUGAUUGGCCGGUGUUUAUCGCCAACUACAAUUAUACCACAGAGGCGUGUGGUUUCAACUGUGGAGAAAAUAUGAUCCGCUUACAGCGUUGUCUGAAAGGUCCUGCCUACGAGGCAGUCAGAAGCAAGCUAGUCAUACCGUCAUUGGUUCCUGCGGUUAUCGACGCGUUAGAGAUGCGGUUUGGGCGUCCCGAACUGUUGAUCGAGACUUUCAUCAACAAUGUGAAAUCUACGACGCCACCCAGAGCGGAUCGUUUGGAAACCCUAAUAGAUUUUGGGGAGAAGGUGCAGACUCUUUGCGACCACAUAAUUGCUGCUGAACUGACUGAUCAUUUGGCCAACCCGCAAUUGAUGAAGGAUCUAGUUGAAAAAUUGCCUCCUGACUACAGAAUGAAGUGGGCUGAAUUCCGUGAGCCACUGGCGAAAGUAAAUUUGCAAACGUUCCGAGAAUUUAUGAACCGGAUUGUCAAGAACGCUUACCGUGUAACUGGUGCAAGGUCGAUUGUUGAGGAGGUGAAAUCAGUGAAGCGCGACCGAGGAAAGAAUCCAAAUCGCAUUUACGUGCAUACCGAAACCGGGGGGAGCGAUCCCGGCCGAUUGAAUACACCCGCUGCUAAGGAGCAGAAACCAAUCGAAUGUGCUGUUUGCAAGAAACUUAAUCACCGAGCCAGGGAGUGUAAAACAUUUGAAGCGCUAUCCGUAGAAGAUCGCUGGAAACGUGUGAAGGAUUUUGGUCUCUGUUUUACGUGCCUUUUUAGACAUGGACGUCGACCAUGCAAAAACACUAAACGCUGCGAAGUCAACGGCUGUGAGAAACGGCAUCACCCGUUAUUGCACUCCGAUCAGAAACCCCAAAAGCCACCUACGACGACCGUGGAAACGCUAAACGCUGCUAUGAAUCAUCAGACGGCUGGUUCUACUCCAUCACUGUUUUACCGCAUCGUACCUGUAACGGUCCAUCAAGGUGAACGAUCCAUCGACACUUUCGCCUUUGUCGAUGAGGGGUCGUCUGUUAGUAUGCUAAAUACCGAUCUGGCUGACAAGCUUGGUUUGCAAGGACGCAAGAAGCCACUUUGUAUCACGUGGACGUCACAAGUAACAAGAACAGAACAAAACUCCCGUCGAGUGUCUUUUGAAAUCUCCGCAUUGGGUAAACCGAAAAGAUUCCGAAUGUCCAAUGUGAGUACCAUCGAGUCUUUGGAUCUUCCAGUUCAAAGCCUACCCAUCAGCGACUUGCAGAAACGAUACCCACACUUUCGAGGUGUUCUGGUUGUGGGCUACCAGAAUGCAGUGCCAGAGAUACUGAUUGGCGUGGACCAUCUGAGAUUGGUCGUGCCACUCAAAGUUCGAGAAGGAAGUAAAGGAGAACCAAUCAUCGUUAAAACUCGGCUGGGUUGGAACGUGUAUGGAGGACAACGAAAUUCGAUGCCUUUCGCGUUGAACUUUCACCAGUGCGAAUGUAAUUGCGACGUGAAUCUUGAGGAUUCAAUCAAAAAGUAUUUUGCAGUCGAAGAAACAGGAGUUAAACCCACCUUGUAUCAGGGGUCAGAAGAAGAUGCCCGUGCGAUGUCUAUUUUGAAAAACACCACAAUCCAAGUGGACGGUCGCUAUGAAUCGGGACUAUUGUGGAAACACGACAUGGUUGAACUUCCCGAUAGUCGCCCGAUGGCACUCCGACGGUUAGAGUGUUUCGAAAGGAAGCUCCAAAGAAAUCCACAAUUGAAAGCUAAUGUUGAGCAACAAAUCGACGAAUACCUGAAAAAGGGUUAUGCGCAUCGCGCCACCGAAGCCGAGCUGGCAGCAGCGGAUCCGCGGAAGACGUGGUAUCUGCCACUCAAUGUUGUGACCAACCCCAGGAAGCCGGGGAAAUACCGCCUAGUUUGGGACGCUGCCGCCACUGUGAAGGGCGUCGCCCUGAACACGAUGCUGUUAAAAGGCCCGGACCUCCUGACGUCAUUACCGGCAGUCCUAUUUCGUUUCCGGCAGCACACGAUCGGCGUGAGCGCCGAUAUAAAAGAAAUGUAUCACCAAGUGCGGAUCCGCAAGGCGGAUCGAGAUGCCCAGCGAUUCCUCUGGCGUAGGAAUCCAACCGAUGAGCCGGAAGUGUUUAUAAUGGAUGUGGCCACUUUCGGGUCGGCUAGUUCCCCAGCAACGGCCCAAUAUGUGAAAAACACCAAUGCUCUCCAAUUCCGAGAUGAAGCACCGAGAGCAGUCGCUGAGAUUGUUGAUGGGCAUUAUGUUGACGACUUUGUAAGCAGUUUUCCGACCAUUCAAGAGGCACAGCAAAUUUCGGCGAAGGUGAAGGAAAUCCACCAGAAAGGUGGUUUCGAGCUGCGAAACUUUUGCUCCAACAGUCCGGAAUUGUUGACAUAUCUGAACGAACAAGCUGAGACAACAACAAAGGUUCUUGGUGUUGAUAAAAACGACGAUACUGAGAGAGUGUUGGGUAUGAUGUGGGUGACAACAAACGACACUCUCCAAUUUUCCACCACGAUGAGCGCGGAUAUUCAAAAACUGGUUAAAGAGAACACAAAACCAACGAAGCGUGAAGUUUUGAGGUGCGUAAUGACGCUUUUCGAUCCGCUGGGCAUACUGUCUCCGUAUCUGGUCCACGGAAAAGUUCUGAUCCAAGAGUUGUGGCGCUCUGGUGUAGGAUGGGACGAGCAGAUUAGUGAUUGUAGCUUCCAGCGGUGGCUCAAAUGGAUCGAUAUUGUGGAUCGAAUCAACGACAUCAAGAUACCUCGCUAUUAUUUCGGCAAUUUUGAAACGCCCGGCACCAUUGAGAUCCACACAUUCGUGGACGCGAGUGAGGUGGCUUACGCUUGUGUGACGUAUUUCCGACGAAUAAACGAAGAUGGUACAAUCAAUGUGGCUUUAGUAUCGGCGAAAACGAAGGUGGCUCCUCUGAAGCCCAUGACAAUACCACGGAUGGAGUUGAUGGCGUGCGUGAUCGGGACGAGGCAGGCUCAGUUCGUCGUAAAUGGGCAUUCCUUCUCCUUUACGAGGCGGUUAUUCUGGAGUGAUUCUAACACAGCCCUCAGUUGGAUUAAUUCCGACCCCAUGAAGUUUCAACAGUUCGUUCGUUUUCGUGUGGGAGAAAUUUUGGAGUCAACGCAGCGACAAGAAUGGCGAUGGGUUCCGACGAAAUUGAACCCAGCAGACGAAGCAACUAAGUGGGGUGUGGGUCCUUACUUUUCGGAUUCCAGCAUCUGGUUUCGAGGCCCAGAGUUUUUGUAUCAGGAAGAAGAACUGUGGCCAACAAGGAAAGCAUUAAGUGAACCAACCGAAGAACUUCGUCAUUGCAACAUGCAUGCAGAAUCAAUCCGCUUAGAAGACCCGAUCGAUGUGGGAAGAUUUUCGCGAUGGAGCAAGGUGCUGCGAGUGACGGCAUACAUGUAUCGAUUCUCACGAAACUCGAGGAAGAACAGUGUUCGCAAUUUUGAUAACUUGACCCAAGAAGAAUUGCUUCUCGCAGAAAAUUGCCUUAUUAGAAUGAUUCAACGUGAUACGUAUCCGGAAGACUUGAAGAUACUCAAAGAAAACUCCGAACUCCCAAGACAGAAAUGGAAGGCUUUACCGAAAACCAGCAAACUUGAACAACUUUCGCCGGUCCUAGAUGAGUUCGGGAUUCUCCGUGUGGAUAGUCGGAUCGUAGCUGCUAAACGUGUUUCAAAGGAAACAAAAUACCCCAUCAUAUUGCCAGGUAAACACGUACUUACCGAACUGAUAAUUGAUAGUUAUCAUCGUAAAUUUCUGCACCGAUUUGAUGAGACUACGGUCAACGAAAUCCGACAGAAAUAUCACAUCCAGAAACUUCGAUCCUUGGUGAAAAAGAUCUCCAAAAGGUGCGGAAUAUGUAAGAUUCGUCGUGCUCAACCAGUGGUGCCCAGGAUGGCGGCACUCCCUCCGGCUAGAUUGUCUCCAUUUGAACGGCCAUUCAGUUAUGUUGGAGUGGACUACUUUGGACCCAUCCAUGUGAAGGUUGGACGUAGCCAAGUAAAGCGGUGGAUAGCGAUCUUCACGUGCCUCACUGUCCGUGCAGUACAUGUCGAGGUAGCGUACAACUUGUCCACGGAAUCCUGUGUGAUGUGUGUUCGGCGUUUCAUCGCUCGAAGAGGGUUUCCGAUAGAGAUCUACAGCGAUAACGCUACGAAUUUUCAAGGAGCCGAACGACUGCUGUUUGAACAAAUCAACAAUAAGUUAGCUACCACUUUCACCAGCACAACGACAUCAUGGUUCUUCAUCCCCCCUGGCGCCCCCCACAUGGGUGGUGCCUGGGAGAGAAUGGUCCGAUCGGUGAAGACGGCUCUGUAUGCUGCUUGCGAGAACGAGUUGUUAGAUGAUGAAGCCCUUUACACUUUUCUGGUCGACGCAGAGUUAAUAAUUAACAGCAGGCCACUUACAUAUAUGCCGUUGAACUCAGAAACCGAAGAAGCAUUGACGCCUAAUCAUUUGAUCUUGGGAAGCUCAAAUGGUGUGCGACAGCCUACGAUUCCGGAAGAAUGUACCCACGAUCUCCUGAAGCGAGCAUGGACUAAGGUGCAGAAGAAACUCGACCAGUUCUGGCGAAGGUGGGUUUUGGAGUACCUGCCAACACUGACCAAACGUACCAAGUGGUUCAAUGAAACGAGAGAUAUUGCUGUCGGAGAUGUGGUACUCAUAGUCAACGAAGGAAAGCGGAAUUCCUGGGAGCGAGGGUUGAUCGUGGAACUUAUUGCUGCAUCGGAUGGACGGAUUCGACAAGCCUGGGUUCGAACGGGCAAUGGUGUGUAUCGGAAGCCGAUUGCUAAGCUAGCAAUCCUUGAAGUGUCGUCUCAAGAUGGUGGUUCCAGAGAGUUGCCUGACUGCGAAAGGGGCUCCAUAGUGAGCAACGAUGAAGGCGUGAACGAGGAUUCCGGAAGUGAUGAAACCGAGGCCAGCCGUAGGUUCCAUCGGGGGGAGAAUGUUGGAAAACUGGCCACCGUGCCAGUCCGCGGUUGUUCAAAAGUCGCUGAGAAAUAA